AAUUAAUGGUCAUCAGUGACAGUCAGUGAUGCAAAAUGGCAAAAUCCUUAUAAAACCCAUCAGCUUUACAAUGCGACACUGCUGAUGAUGAUGAAGAAUCCUGGCCGUCUGGUCUCCGAUUCAGCGUCGCUAAUCAGAAGGCUAUGUACGGUGGCGGCAGUUUAUGGGGAAGCGCCGUUGUCAAGGAAGAAGGUAGGGCUGUAUCCUUGAUUGUCGGCUUUGCCAAUCAAGGGAGAGAGCGUGUCAAAGAUAAACGAAUUCAUGAAGGAGGGAAACGCUGUGAGGAAAGACGAGCUAGAUACGUGCGUCAGACACCUUCGCAAGUACAAGAGAUACCAGCACGCUCUAGAGUUUUCAUGAUAUUCAAAGGGUCAAUGAUCAAUUGCACGUUUGCUGCGUCUACAAAAAAUGUCGACGGUGCUGAGGGGUUCUGUAAGAUUUUGAGGAAUCUUAAUGAUCUUGAUUCUUUUGCCUACCUUAUGUUGUUGAAGACUAAUGUAGCUGCCAACAAAGAGGCUUCAGAGAUGCGCCGGAGGUUAGAUGAAGACAACAUUGAAAUGAGUAGUGAGAUUGUCAAUUUACUUGAAAAAGUUUGCCCCAAAUAGGUUUCAUGUUGAGCAGUUUCCACAAUAAUUUUUUAAGCAAAUAUCUUGGUGUAGAUUUGGAGUUUUAAUAGGGACUUUUGACAGUAUAAUACAGAAAAUGUUGUGGCAUUCAUCAUAACAAGCCUAAAUUAUGAAUUUCUAUACGAAAUUAUGCAAACUGUUAAAUUUUCCUUCUAUAAUUUAU